AUGGGUAGUCAUAAGCCGGCUACCGUGAUGUUGAAACGCUGCCUAAACUCUCACCUAACGUACCCAUGCGAUUAUGAUCUAGGCCGUCGGCAUGAUGAGUUCGGCAUCCUCGAAGACAACCGGCGCUCCUUUGCCCAAUACUUGAACUGUGUCGGCCUUGGUGCCGCCCCCCUAGAGGGCAAGACAGCUUGGGACUCCCCGAACGUGGGUCGCAAGUCUAAUCCACCUCAACCUCGCAUCUCAGCUCCAGAUGCCGGCGGGGAAAGGUCUGACAUGCAAGAACCUCGUCGGAAGGUCCCUAGUUCCCUCCGCCAGCAAGGGACGGGUCGCUGUCGCCGCCGACUCUACCCCACGCUUUCCAGCAGGCAUCCACAACAUAGCUCGCCUGACCCCGCCGCCGACGACGAUGUGGUGUCAGCGGCAGCAGCGUCGAGCGGAGCAGCGGAGCCAUGA